AUGGAGACUACACCUUGUAAUGGAUCAGUAGAUGGCUCAACCGUCUUCUACCUGGUGGGCAUCCCCUCCCUGCCAGAGCCCUUCUACCUUCCUGUGUUCUUUAUUUUCCUCCUCUUUUACCUGCUCAUCCUUACAGGUAACACCCUGAUUCUGGUGGCUGUGGUGGCAGAGCCCAGCCUCCACAAGCCCAUGUAUUUCUUCCUCAUCAAUCUCUCGGCCCUAGACAUCUUUUUCACCACAACCACUGUCCCCAAGAUGUUGUCCCUGUUUCUGCUAGGAGACCACUUCCUCAGCUUCUCUUCCUGCUUAUUGCAGAUGUACCUCUUCCAAAGCUUCACAUGCUCAGAAGCCUUCAUCUUGGUGGUCAUGGCCUAUGACCGCUAUGUGGCUAUCUGCCGUCCUCUGCACUACCCUGUCCACAUGACCCUACAGACUAAUGCUGCACUGGCUGCCAGUGCCUGGAUCACCGCCCUCAUCCUGCCCAUCCCAGCAGUCAUGAAAACUUCCCAGAUGACAUAUAACCACAUCGCCUACAUCUACCACUGCUUCUGUGAUCACCUGGCUCUGGUCCAAUCCUCCUGCUCAGACACCAGCCCCCAGACCCUCAUGGGCUUCUGCAUCGCCAUGGUGGUGUCCAUCCUCCCCCUCUUCCUGGUGCUUCUCUCCUACGCUCACAUCCUGGCCUCAGUGCUUCGCAUCAGAUCCAGGGAAGGGCGUUCCAAAGCCUUCUCCACCUGCAGCUCCCACCUGCUGGUUGUGGGCACCUACUACUCCUCCAUUGCCAUAGCCUAUGUGGCCUACAGGGCAGAUCUGCCCCUAGACUUCCACAUCAUGGGCAAUGUGGUGUACUCUAUUCUCACACCAAUUCUCAACCCAAUCAUCUACACCCUGAGGAACAAGGAUGUCAAAGCAGCCAUUAUCAAAAUUGCAUAUCUCAAAACCAACAUGAAUAUUUGA